GGCGCCCCCGCCUCACAGCCAUGCGGAGCUGAGCUCCGGCCCGGGCCCUGGCCGCCGCAGCCCGCCCCGGCUCCCGCCCUCGCGGACCCGCCCGGCCCUUGGCCUCGGCGCCCUAGCCGCCCCGGGCCGGCCGAGCCCCCCGCGUAGGGCCCGGGCCGCGGCUACGGCGGCGGCGGCGGCGGCGGCGGUGGCGGCGACGCGCCCGCCCGGCCCCCUCCCCCGGCGCCGGCCAAGUGAGGCGGUGAUGCGGGCGCUGGCGGCCUGGGCUGCGCCGAGAGCGGAGACACAGGCUCAAGAUGGCAGAUUCCCACUGAGGCUGAGGGGGCCGAGCUCGCGCGCCGCGUUCCCUUCUCCGUUGCCAUGAACCGCGGACACCCCGGCCCCGAUGGCCCCCGUGUACGAAGGUAUGGCCUCACAUGUGCAAGUUUUCUCCCCUCACACCCUUCAAUCAAGUGCCUUCUGUAGUGUGAAGAAACUAAAAGUAGAGCCAAGUUCCAACUGGGACAUGACUGGGUACGGCUCCCACAGCAAAGUGUACAGCCAGAGCAAGAACAUACCACCUUCUCAGCCAGCCUCCACAACCGUCAGCACCUCCUUGCCAAUCCCAAACCCAAGCCUACCUUACGAGCAGACCAUCAUCUUCCCAGGAAGUACUGGACACAUAGUUGUAACAUCAGCAAGUAGCACUUCUGUCACCGGGCAAGUCCUCGGUGGACCACAUAACCUAAUGCGUCGAAGCACUGUGAGCCUCCUUGACACCUACCAAAAAUGUGGACUCAAGCGCAAGAGUGAGGAGAUUGAGAACACAAGCAGCGUGCAGAUCAUUGAGGAGCAUCCACCCAUGAUUCAGAAUAAUGCCAGCGGGGCCACUGUCGCCACUGCCACCACAUCCACUGCCACCUCCAAAAACAGUGGCUCCAACAGUGAAGGUGACUAUCAGCUGGUGCAGCAUGAAGUGCUGUGCUCUAUGACAAACACCUAUGAGGUUUUAGAGUUCUUGGGGCGAGGGACAUUUGGGCAAGUGGUCAAGUGCUGGAAACGGGGCACCAAUGAAAUUGUGGCCAUUAAGAUCCUAAAGAACCACCCAUCCUAUGCCCGGCAAGGCCAGAUUGAAGUGAGCAUCCUGGCCCGGCUGAGCACGGAGAGCGCUGAUGACUACAAUUUUGUGCGGGCCUAUGAGUGCUUCCAGCACAAGAAUCACACAUGCUUAGUCUUUGAGAUGUUGGAGCAGAACCUCUAUGACUUUCUGAAACAGAACAAGUUUAGUCCCUUGCCCCUCAAGUAUAUUCGCCCAGUCCUCCAGCAGGUAGCCACAGCCCUGAUGAAACUCAAAAGCCUGGGUCUUAUCCAUGCUGACCUCAAACCAGAAAACAUCAUGCUGGUGGAUCCAUCCAGACAACCAUACCGAGUGAAGGUCAUUGACUUUGGUUCAGCUAGUCAUGUGUCCAAAGCUGUCUGUUCUACGUACUUGCAAUCCAGAUACUACAGGGCCCCUGAAAUCAUCCUUGGUUUGCCAUUCUGUGAGGCAAUUGACAUGUGGUCCCUGGGUUGUGUCAUUGCUGAGCUGUUCCUGGGCUGGCCAUUAUACCCAGGUGCUUCUGAGUAUGAUCAGAUUCGGUAUAUUUCACAAACACAGGGUUUACCAGCUGAAUAUUUAUUAAGUGCAGGGACAAAGACAACUAGGUUUUUCAACCGUGACACAGACUCACCGUAUCCUUUGUGGAGGCUAAAGACACCAGAUGACCAUGAAGCAGAGACGGGGAUUAAAUCAAAAGAAGCAAGAAAGUACAUUUUCAACUGUUUGGAUGACAUGGCCCAGGUGAACAUGACAACAGAUUUGGAAGGGAGUGACAUGUUAGUAGAGAAGGCAGACCGGCGGGAGUUCAUUGACCUGUUAAAGAAGAUGCUGACCAUAGAUGCUGAUAAGAGGAUCACUCCCAUUGAAACUCUGAACCACCCCUUUGUCACCAUGACGCACCUACUGGAUUUUCCUCAUAGUACUCAUGUCAAAUCUUGUUUCCAAAACAUGGAGAUUUGCAAGCGCCGGGUGAAUAUGUAUGACACAGUGAACCAGAGCAAAACACCUUUCAUCACACAUGUGGCCCCCAGCACAUCUACCAACUUGACCAUGACCUUUAACAACCAGCUGACCACUGUCCACAACCAGGCUCCCACCUCCACCAGUGCCACUCUUUCCUUAGCCAAUCCCGAAGUCUCCAUACUAAACUACCAAUCUACACUCUACCAGCCCUCAGCGGCAUCCAUGGCCGCAGUGGCCCAGCGGAGCAUGCCCCUGCAGACGGGAACAGCCCAAAUUUGUGCCCGGCCUGACCCUUUCCAGCAAGCUCUCAUCGUGUGUCCCCCUGGCUUCCAAGGCCUGCAGGCCUCUCCCUCCAAGCACGCUGGCUACUCAGUGCGGAUGGAAAAUGCUGUUCCCAUCGUCACUCAGGCUCCGGGCGCUCAGCCUCUUCAGAUCCAGCCAGGUCUGCUUGCUCAGCAGGCCUGGCCAGGUGGGGCCCAACAGAUCCUCCUUCCUCCAGCAUGGCAGCAGCUCACUGGCGUGGCUACCCACACAUCCGUACAGCACGCAGCUGUGAUUCCCGAGACCAUGGCAGGCACUCAGCAACUGGCUGACUGGAGAAACACACAUGCUCACGGAAGCCAUUACAAUCCCAUCAUGCAGCAGCCUGCACUCUUGACUGGUCAUGUGACCCUUCCAGCUGCCCAGCCCUUAAAUGUGGGUGUAGCCCACGUGAUGAGACAGCAACCAACCAGCACCACCUCCUCCAGGAAGAGUAAGCAGCACCAAUCAUCAGCGAGAAAUGUCUCCACCUGUGAAGUGACCUCUUCCCAGGCUAUCAGCUCCCCUCAGCGAUCCAAGCGUGUCAAGGAGAACACUCCCCCGAGGUGUGCAAUGGUACACAGCAGCCCAGCUUGCAGCACCUCACUCACCUGUGGGUGGGGUGACGGGGCCUCCAGCACCACCCGGGACCGACAGCGGCAGACCAUUGUCAUCCCCGACACCCCGAGCCCCACAGUCAGUGUCAUCACCAUCAGCAGCGACACAGAUGAGGAGGAGGAACAGAAGCACGCCCCCACCAGCACAGUCUCCAAGCAAAGAAAAAAUGUCAUCAGCUGUGUCACAGUCCAUGAUUCUCCCUACUCUGACUCCUCCAGCAACACCAGCCCCUACUCGGUGCAGCAGCGCACAGGGCACAACGGCACCAACACCUUGGACACCAAGGGGGGCCUAGAGAACCACUGCACCGGCAACCCCCGCACCAUCAUCGUACCCCCACUGAAGACGCAGGCCAGUGAAGUGUUGGUAGAAUGUGACAGCCUAGGGCCAGCAAUCAGUACCGGUCACCAUUCAUCCUCCUUCAAGUCCAAGUCCUCCAGCACCGUGACCUCCACCAGUGGCCACUCUUCAGGGAGCUCGUCAGGAGCCAUCGCCUACCGUCAACAGCGGCCAGGCCCCCACUUCCAGCAGCAGCAGCCCCUCAAUCUCAGCCAGGCUCAGCAGCACAUGGCUGCAGACCGCACUGGGAGUCACCGUCGGCAGCAGGCCUACAUCACUCCUACCAUGGCUCAGGCUCCGUACACCUUCCCGCACAGCAGCCCCAGCCAUGGCACUGUUCACCCCCACCUGGCUGCGGCUGCCCACCUCCCUGCCCAGCCUCACCUCUACACCUACACAGCGCCCACAGCCCUAGGCUCCACCAGCACUGUAGCCCACCUGGUGGCAUCCCAAGGCUCAGCACGACACACCGUGCAGCACACUGCCUAUCCGGCCAGCAUCGUCCACCAGGUCCCCGUGAGCAUGGGGCCCCGGGUCCUGCCCUCGCCCACCAUUCACCCCAGUCAGUAUCCGGCCCAGUUUGCCCACCAGACCUAUAUCAGCGCCUCGCCAGCCUCCACCGUCUACACUGGAUAUCCACUGAGUCCUGCCAAGGUCAACCAAUACCCUUACAUAUAAACACUGGAGGAGGCCCGCCAGGGAGGAGGGUGGAGGAGCUCCCAGACCGACCUGGGGAGCUGGGAAUUUCUACUGCAGGUGCCGCACACAAACAAUGCAAAUGGGGCAGGGAGGGGGGCAGUUGGGGCACAAAUGAAACUUGAACUAGGAAGUGGGAGGACUUAGAGCGGAAAAGAGAACAUUUUAAAAGGAGGGGUUUAAGGAGGGGAAAUCUAUGCUUUUUAUUUUAAAAAAGAAAAAGGAAAAAAGAAAAAGAAAAAUGUUAGUAACAAAAGAGGAAAAAAAAGAAAAAACCACAGCUCACAAACCCAUUCUGCACCAAACUGGAAAGGAGGAGGAGUGGAAGACUGGAAGCAAGGCCCAGUUUUUGAAGAACUUUAUGAACUUUUUAAAGAUUAUUUUCAUAUGGCAGCAAGUGUCAUUGAAGAAUUUGCUGUCAGGGACACCUGAUAUGGAAAUCCAAUAGAUUUUUAAUUAAUUGAACAUAAAAAUUAGGGAUUUUCCCAGAACUCCAAAAGGGUCAACAUCCCUUUCACACGUUAGGCCCUGGUCUGAAAAGGCUCAUAUUUGGGGGUUGGUCUGGGGUUGGCAAAGCCCAGUUCUAGCUUGUUUGUCAGAAACGGUGGGGUCAGGCAAACAAGUGGAAGAUCCCUAAGAGAAAGGCGGGUUUCCUCUUUUGGAGCAUUCUGGAUAAAUCCCUAAGCAAUGUUAGUCCUCAGAUGUCAUUAAUGAUGUAUGUUGCCGUCUUUAAUUUUUUUCUUUUCUGAGAUUUUUUUUCUUCUCUUUGAAUCAACCCCUAGUCGUGUAGCGUAGGGCUAGUGGUUGUCCUGGACACCCUAGAAGAAUGUAGCACUGCACCCUUGUUUCCUACCUUAUGUUCAACUCCAGUGAUACCAAUAGACUAUUCCUCAGUAUAAUUGCACAAGCAAAGUGAUUUAACAUAGGCAUGGAACCAAUGUGGUGGUCCAGGUUAGCGAGUGAGUGUGCGUGAGCACGUGUGGGUGUGACCGGGGCUGCCACCCUCCCCGUGUGUCCCUUGGCACCGCCGUCACAGCCCUUGCAGUCUUGAUUUUACAUCAUUCCCUCCUAGUGCCUUAAUGACUGACAGACAGAGACACAGCAAAGGGUUUACUUCCACUGGUACUCCAAGAAACUGGUCGGGGCUGGUCAUUUGUGUGAGCUGGUAUAGUAUUGUACUUGGGUCUUUGUUUUUGCAUUGUUUUAAUGUCAUGUGGAUUGUCUUUCCUGGGCUCUUUGUGAGCAGAAGGAUUUCAAAGAAGCUGGCACAAUGGAAGGGGGAGAAUCGUGGAUCUCAGGAGGAGCAUGGGUGCUGUGUGUUGAGGCACACCGGUGACAGUUGGCUCUUUCGGUGAGUUUUACUUUGAGAGCAGAGAUCCAGACAAGCUCCUCACCCUGCCCUAGCUCUGCUAUGGAUGGCUGGAGUCUUAGGAAUGUCAGCUUGCUGGGUAGCUGCCUCAGCCCACCACCUCCUUCCUGGGGCCUUAUGAGGAGAGGGCAGAGACACUACCUCCCCAGUCCCUCCCUCCUGUAAGAAGCCUAGUAGUCUCAGGCGAACCCACAUCUCUCCACCAGCUCAGGAGCUAGUCAGGCUCCUGGUUUCGCCAGCUCUCUCCCCUGUGGACCUCCACUGGUAAGUCUGCUGUCACUUCUCUCCUGAAAUUAACCUGGCUCUCCCUGGAUAGUUUGAUCGCUGCCUUUGAGAGUGAGAUAAUGGGCAGAGGGCUGGAGGGGCACUGAUGAGGUGGCCGGGGUGCACUGCACUGAACAAACACUGCCAUGGGCAAUUAAGCCUCCAUAGAGACCUGCCGAGAGGGGGCCUCUGCACCUUUGUUGCGUUCUAGAUAUUUUAUGCAGCUUUGAACAGUGGAGUUGGUAGGAGUUCUCUUCCUACUGAGAAACUCUGAAGCCAUGGAUGUUAGAGACCAGUCAGGUCCAGGAUGGGACAGAGUAGCACGGUAUGAAUUGUUUGAUUCUGAUGUGAGUCCUAGCUGGCCCCUCAUCCACAUCACCAGGUACAAAGAGGUCUCUGGUCAGCAGUCCAGCAUCCUCCAGUCCCCCUCCUUUUUCUCCCUCUUUAGACCCUGAUCAAUCUACUGUGAAAGACUCUCCUCCUGAUACCUGUCCUCCUUCUGUAACGAAGCUUACUUAGCUUUUAGCUGUGAAAAACUCUGGGAACUUCCCCACCCAUUAAUUCUUAUAAAGUCAAGUCCCCAAACUGGAUGUGUCUCAGUGCACCUUGGGCCAAAAAAAAAGGAUACGCUAAGACUUGGGCGUGGUCUGACCACUGCAGCCCAGGACUUCCUGGGAGUGGACUGAAUGAUGCCAGCUAUGGUAGGGAGUUCCGAAUCUCUCAUCCUGGUCAGAACCAGCUCUGGCUGGAAGUGAGAUAGCUGGAAAACUGUCCAAGACAGUUGGGAGAGGGAUAAGGAGCUUUUGGAGCCUCUGAGCCAGAGGCUGCUAGAGCCCCAGCAGCAUGGAAAUUUGGCUGUCACAGAAGCUUCCAGCGGCUAGAUGGCAGCAUUUCCCACAGGACUGGCUCUCUCUCAACUGAGGGUGGGCCUAGACUUGCCCUGCUGUGCUGCAGCACUCUCUAGAGCUGGGAGGGCCGUCCUUGUCUGUCAUCUCUUGUCUGCUCACGUUGAAGCUUCUCAUUCUUCCACAGGUCCUUCCCCUUCUCUUCCAGGUCAGGAAUGAGUGUCCCUUGCUGCUCAUAAAGUUAGUGUUGUAUGAUUACUUGUAUUAUUGCCACUGUAAUUAUGAUUACUAUCUCCUCAUUGUUAUUCUAGUCAGGGUUUGAAGUAUACAUUUAUUCCAAGUAUCUCUGUGUUUUCUUCAUAAUAUUUAAAUUUAUUUUAUUCUAGCUGUGUGUAUAUACGUAGACUGGAGGGACAUAUAGAUUAGAUGUCCAACCUUGUCAGAGGAAAGAAAAGGAAAAUGAAAAAGAAAAAAGAAAAGAAAUGGAAAGGCCCAAGAAUUAGGAAAAUUGUUCCUCUUAGCUCUGUCCCGCAAAGAGCUACAAGAAAGACCUAUCACAAAGCAGAGGUUUAGAUACUCGGGGCCUUCUUGUCUGCAUGGCCAGCUGUGACACAAAGCCACUGUCGGUGCAAUGUCCUUGGACCCUUUGGCAGCUUCUCUCACAUUCUCUGUGCUCUCCUCCUGGUGUGAACUACUGACCAGAUCUUAACCCACCUCGCAUCUGAUAUGCAGCAUAAAAAGGCUCCUCUCAGAGCUUCCGUAGGCCUCACCCCACCUUCACUAUUUCCCAUGAACGUACUUGGAGUGUGGCUUACCUCCCUUGAUGCAGAGACAGUGAGGGUGCUGGGCAACCAGGGCCUCCUGUGACACAGUUCCCUCGGCUGCUGCUUCCCCAGGCGUAGCCUCCUAGCACCCAAUUCUAGGAAGCCAAAUAAAGGAACAGGGAUGACACAGACGGUCUCACAGAAAGGCAGCCACCGUGCAGACACUGCAGGACCCUUCUAAGUGAAGGGCACAGUGGGACCUUUUAGGCCUCCCACUUCGGAGCUGUGGCUGUGGUGAUGGGUGUGUAUACACAGCCCACUACCACUCAGAAACAACCAGGCCCCAAUGGAGAAAAGAUCAAAGCAAUAGCUUCCCCACUCUGCAAACCUCAUCCCACAACCCUCUCCCUUGCUCUCAAGUCCUGUAUUGAGUGCUGAUGCAUCAGGUGUGACACAGAAUCCCAGCUAGUUAGCAUCCUCACCUAAGCUCCCACUAAGGCGCUCAGCGCUGCCUCCCUAGGAGGCAGAGAAGAUGGAAGGAGGCUGCUGUCCUUAGGACUAUGCUUCUCAGUGGAAGGAGGGCCACUCAGUGCUUACCAGACCAUGUCCCUGGUGCAUCUUCUUCAAUGAAGAUCACCUGCUUGGCAUGAGGAAGAUGAGGUCAGCUCAAGGAAAUAGGUCUGUGGUACCUCUUGACCUCAGGUCAGCAGACUGCUGCUCGCUGGGUUCUUACUGGGCCUGGCACCCAUGUCUCUGUUAGUGCAUCAGGGUGAUGUCUUAGGAAGGCGGAUGGGCAGGCCAGUAGGCAAGGCUGGGGUUAGUGCCAGUUAGCCCUGUGAAGUGGAUGUUUGAUGUGAUUCAGAGGAAAAGGGAGUGGGUGGCCCAGUGUCCCUGACUGUAUUGAGUUUCUCCCCUUCCUGGUGACAGAGUUGUUUGCAGCUGUAAAAGCCAGCCUGGCUUUGUUCUCUGUCUAAGGACUGGAAAUGACCAACCAGUGCGAAGCAGGUCAGGAAGGGAGGUUAGCACCGCAGACAGGACCUCCCCAGACUGGGUCUCAGAGGUUGCAAACACUCAUUUGAACAGUGUGUGGUGGAGGAGUGGGUUGGGUGAUUGUGAGUGGGUGAUGUUUAUGUUCUUGGAAAACAGAGUGAGGUACUGAGGAGGCUUAGGGAAGUAUUGCUGGUGGCUCAUGAUGACAAGGGUGACUGGGUCCCCGCCCUGUCCUUCCCUCCCCCAGGUUUUCAACAUCUGGCUAAGGGAGGGUAGGAUGUGGGUGUGGCUCUUGCUGGCCUGCCAAGUAGCUGCUAGGACAGAAAAAAGAUUGCUCUAUGCCCUCAGCUAGCAGACAGAAUCUAUAAGGCAAGCUCUCCUUUCGUGGCCCAGUCUGAGACUGCAUAAGCACGUGUACACACACACACACACACACACACUCACACUCAUGUGUGCACACACACUCACGUGCACACACACUCACACUCAUGUGUGCACACACACUCACGUGCGCACACACGCACACACACUUGCGCGCACACACUCGUGUGCACACACACACUCACGUGCACACACACACACACACACACUCGCGAGUGCACACACACCACCACUCAUUGCAUCACAGCCCAGGGUCCCACAGACUUUGCUCCUCACUUUUGUUUUCCCUCUUGUGUGCUUUACAGAUUCUCAGUGGAGAAGCCUAAAGAUUAAGCAAGCCUGAGAUGUCCUUACCAAAUUGGAAAGGAAGUAAAAACUGUCCCUUUCUCUAGCCAAAGAGCCCCUCUGAGACACCUCUAGAGACGGGCAAACACAGUCCCUGUUCCUUUCUGGGCAAUGAUGACUUCACUGACCUUCCAUUCACCGUUCCUUUCUAUCCUGCCUUUCUUUUUUUAAUUUUACUGCAUUUACUUCAAAACCACUCUCUUUAAAGAGGAGUGGAGUGGUGGCCCUAAAUGCUGCUGCUCCGGGGGAGUUGAUAGCCCUCUAGUGCUCAUUUGUGAUUGAUUAAUCCAAUGCUACUGUGAGAAGCUAGAAAACAAGCCAGCAGACCUUCCCUGGUGAGCCCACACUGUAUCCCGGGCUUGGGUGGCUAUGGGUCCACUUGCCUAGUCUCCACAGACAGACUCAGACGAGUCCAUCGAGCCACUAGAGAACCAAAGGUGGAAAGGUAAGACUGACUGACUUACAAGAGGAACCUCCUGGAGGUUGGCACUAUGGCCCACGCAGUAACCGCCUGAGGGCUGGUUCCUGAGUCUUUGGGGUGACUUAGGAGAGGUAGCCCCUUCCCGGCUUCUAAGCUGGAACCCUCCCUGUCCCCAAUCCUUUCAGGCUUCCUCAUCUCAGACCCGUGCAGGACCCAUUGUACUGACUGUCUCUUCCUGUACAAUAGCAGUACCCGUGUGUAAGGACUCACUGACGUUUGUUGAGUAUUCACAGUAUGCCAAGCCCUUUCUCAGUGUUCUCUCGGAGAACCCAUUCUGGGAAGAAGUCAACACCCCCUAUGUGAGGAUGGAGAAGCUGGCCCUCUGAGAAAGUGGCAUGUGUGCAAGGGAAGUAUGCAUCUCAGAGCCCCAACUUCCCAAUCCUGGUUUUGUUAAUCAGGACUUUACUCGUGUGAAAUUUUGUUCCCCUGUUUAACUAACUUCAGGGUGCAGCCUCCUGUCUCUAAUGAGCCAUUUAAUGAUGCUCCCACUCCCUGUGCCAAACACUGUGCUAAGAAAUGCUGAGGAGCCCUAGGACCCCAGCCGUGCAGGACCUGUACAGACAUGCCCAGGCCACCUUAGCUACUGAGGGAAGUCAGGGCUUGACAUUCUGUCCGCUUGGCUCUGGAGCUGAGCCACCGACACCAGCCUCAGCUGCCUCCCUUGUAUAACAAGGACAGUCCUUGGCGGAGUGUCAUGCGCUGCCUGCCCUGUGUGACAGUGGACCUCAGCAGGUGUGUGCAGAGCGGCCUGGAUGGAUGCAGGUGGGAGAGCAGAGUGGGUCCCUGGAGGUUUCUCUGGGCUCCUAGAAUUCCUUUCGGUUUCUUUCCAGCAACUAGCUUUAUCACUCAGUGCUGCUGCACUCUUAGGAGAGUGAAGGGAACGUGUUCUUUUCUUCUAAAUAAAUACAGAAAGAUGAUUUUUUUCUUAUAGCUAAUCCUAGAAAGGCAAUACUAAAAGUAUAUAUUUUUUUUCCAAAAUGCUAUUUUUUACUGUACUUGAUAAAUAUCAUGACAGCUCUGAUCUCUGUAAUAGACCCACUCUUCAGCUCUGCACAGAACCAGAAGCCAGGUUCACGCCAAAUCUGUAAAUACCAUGAGGGUCUGUGUCCAGGAACCUUUUUUUCUAUGAAGAAACAAAAACAAAAACAAAAAAAACAAAAAACAAAAAAAAAGAGGAGGGGAUGAAAGCAAGAUAACUUUUGGGAAGAGGAACAAUAUUGAGUUUUCUUGCAAGAGACCCCCUUCUCAAAGAGAGGGACAACAGCGGAACCUAGCAGAGCAGCCACAGGAAGCCAGGAGGGGGGGGAGGAGGAAGCGGGGGCCAUGGGGCUGAGGGUGCUAUACAGGCAGUUUCGGGUCACUUGAGAGAUGACAAAAUCUAGAAAUGCUUUAGACCUCCACUCUACCCUCUUCAAACUCUGUUCGGUUGGGUUUCUUGUUUUUCUUUUCUUUUAAAAAUGUCUUUACUGACUAGCUCCAGGCUUGUUUGCCUAAAUUCUUAGGUCGUUUACACAAGUUCUAAAUUCUUGUAGAACUUUAAAUCCAUUGGAAGCAAACCCAGCUAGUGUAGAUCUGAGAUCCUGGUGGGUGUCAGUAGGUGUUCUGGAGCCCGGGCAGAGCACCUAGCAGUGUCUUCGGAAGGGUUUAGCUAUAUUACCUUAUACAAACUGUGACCCUCAUGGCAAUAAUUACCUCACACGUGGGCAUUCGUCCUGCUCUAGCCUUUUGGAAAUCAUGUAGCCAGCUUGAUUGUGAUUUAAAAGACUAUGAAUUGUUCUCUGUGGGCUGAAAGUAAGGAUUAAUGUACCCUGGUCACUGUUGUCUAAGUGGAUUCUGAGAAUAGAAUUCUCAUUACACCAGAAGUGAAACCAAGAAGAGACGACUCUGCGUGUCCUAAUCUCUAUGCUGUCGAAGUGUGUGGGGGCGUGCAUCUCACUCCUGUGGCAUGCCCUUUGACUUCUCCAAUACCACGUAAAUUACACAAUUGACUGUGGAGACUCAGACAUACUUCUGGCUGCAUUUUAUAGUUAAAGUAUUUUAUAGUUUACAUUUAACCUGGUACUUUUUAAAAAGAAAAUUGUUUAUAACUGACAUCUUCAACCACAGCGAUUGACUGACUCUUGUGUUAGAAGCUGUGUCUCCCAAGGCAGGCCUGGUCCACUCAUGCUCUCCGUAGCCUGAUGCGUGUGUUUCCCUUCUUGUUGCUUCCCAGUGAGCCUGAGAGAAUGUGAAAGGAAGUCUGGAGGGAAUGGGAAGGGGCGAGUCCUGAACUGGGGUCAUAGGCAGAAUCCUGUGCUGGGUUAGAUCAAUGCUUGUUGACACCGUGGAGGGUGGUGAGACGUGACGCUCCGUCCACCUUGUCUUGGUGUGAAUGCUUCCCUUGCGACUAGGCCCCUCACCGGGGAAUAGAUGGUGCUGGCGCUCAGCCGCUCUGCAGCAUGGUUGCUGUUCCGGGUCCGCAGUGGCCUUGUUCAGCAUUUGGAGAGGGAGAACCAUAUCCCUGCGCCCACGUUCACUGGCUGGAUUUUCCACACAUUGCUGUUUUUGUCAUUUUGUUGUUGUUGUUGUUGUUGUUGUUGUUGUUGUUGUUGUU